CCUUAACCCUAAACCCUCUAGAUAGCAUUUGACAUCGUGGGGACCAACAAAAUGUCCCCAGUUGGUCAAAUUUCUGUUAAUUUAUUAUUCUUGUGGGGACUUCUGGUCUUCAUGUAUAGUUAAACACGUCUACACACACACACACACACUCCAAACACACAGAUUACAGAGGAUCCCCUAGUCGUGCAGUGGAUCCCCUAGUCGUGCAGUGGAUCCCCUAGUCGUGCAGUGGAUCCACUAGUCGUGCAGUGGAUCCCCUAGUCGUGCAGUGUGUGUGUGUGUGUGUGUGUGCGUCUAGUUGAGUGUUGAAACACACUUUUCCGUCAAUUACUGGAACAACUGGGCUGGACUUCCCGAACACACACACACACACUCUGUGUGUAUUGCAGUGUGUGUGUGUGUGUGUGUGUGUGUUGGUCGGUCCACAUUUACAGAUGAGGGUAAUGAUUGAUUAAUGAUCAAUGUUCCAGAGAUAGUGUGUUGGUCCAUAUUGUGUAUUGAAGAAGGCGAGUUGGUUAGUCCGUCAGGAGUCACCAUGGGGAAGAAGACAGCGUUGACAAUAUUGCUACUAGGACUUCUACUCAUCUCAAACACUGUUAUGGGGAGCCCUUCUGAGAAGCAGCCUACACCAGGCAACAUUAAAUUCCCCAAGGUUCUCCGUAGCACACCUGCCACCACCGUCCCUGCCCCUGCCAGAACCCGGACUGACCAGUACCUGGGACCAGAAGAUUGUCUGGAUCAGAAGUACACCCGUCUGUCCUGCCAUCUGGUGUUCUGUCCCCCAUGGAUGAGAUGUAUGGAGGGAAGGUGUGUGUGUAAGCUGCCCUACCUGUGUCCGAAGGAUGGCAUGACGUCAGUGUGUGGGUACGAUGGAAGGACCUAUCUCUCCUACUGUCAAGCUAUGGCUGUCUCCUGUCGUACUGGACAACCUAUCAUGUCCCACUUUGGAGGAGAGGGCUGCUCCAAAGAGAGUGUCAAGGUCCAGACCAGUAUAGAUGAAAAGACUGGUGUGAUCAGUAUUGCAAUACCCAAUAUAAAGAAGCUACUGGUGUGUGGAGGAGCAGAAUGGAACAUGGCUGCUGCUAACGUACUCUGCUAUAAGAAGAGUCCGUUGGGAGCAGCGGAGAUCAGCUCAGUGCUGUAUAAAGACAUAGAGAACCACGGGAUAGACCACUGUGUCAGCGUACAUUGUCAAGGAUACGAGAACAGCCUCGCCGAAUGUUCCUUCUCCGAUAGAACACUGCUCGGCUUCAACGACAAGGUCGCCAAGGCAACCUGUUACCAGGAACCCAAAGAGAGGUCAGCGUGUGAGUUCAAGUGCGUCAACAACAAGUGUGUGUUGUUGGAACAGACGUGUGACGGAGUCGACCACUGUGGAGACAAUAGUGAUGAGAUGUGCUGCAAAGACUGUAGAGGUGAUUCUUUCAGGUGUAAGUCAGGAGUGUGUGUGUCCAAAGAGGCUUUGGAGGACGGUAUUAUGGACUGUCUGGGAGGGGAGGACGAGAUGAGGAAACACAUCACUAACCCUGUUGGUCAUAGUGGAGCAUCAUCACAUGGUUCCAGAGUUCCGGAAUUCUUGUCUCCUAAACAAGAGGUGAAAGCAGCCAGAGAUUUUCAAGAAGUGAAGAUACAUUGUGGCAUCCCCAACACUACAGCCGUAGAGGAGAGCAGAGAGAGAAGCAGGGGAAGGCAGAAACGAGUGGUGGGAGGAGUGCCGGCCCAACCAACUCAGAUCCAAUGGCAGGUGGCGAUACAGGAGGGGGGUAAAAUCGACUGUGGGGGGGCAUACAUCGGGGGAUGUUGGGUCCUGACCGCCGCUCACUGUGUCAGGCCCAAACCAGAGGCGUACCACAUCAAGUUCAGUCUCUGGAAGAAGAGAUCAUAUCAGGGAACAACAGAUAUCGUUCCUGUUAAGAACGUCAUCAUACACCACAAGUUCAAUGCUAACACGAAUGAGAAUGAUAUAGCCCUGAUAGAGAUGGAGAAGAUACCAUUCAGGACCCAGUGUUUCGAAGACAACCCAGCAGUCAGUGCUGUGUGUGUUCCCUGGUCCAUAAAACAGUUCAACCCUAACCAUACCUGUAGCAUAUCAGGCUGGGGACGGAUGAAAGAUGGCACGUCGUCUGACGUGUUGCUAUGGGCCAACGUCUCUCUGAUCGCCAACUGUCAGGACUACUAUGGACCACGCUACAAGGAUGGCAUGAUGUGCGCAGGUGAUCUGGAGGGCCAGGUGGACUCGUGCCAGGGGGAUUAUGGAGGUCCUCUGGUGUGUCAGGACUCUCUAGGUAUCUCCUACCUCUGGGGUAUCAUCUCCUGGGGGGAGAAGUGUGGGCAGGCCAGGUACCCUGGAGUGUACACUAAAGUAGCACACUACUUUGAGUGGAUCCGCACUCACACUGGCUGGGCUGCUAUCACUAAAUACAACCUGUGAUGUUGAUAUAGACCAGGAGGGUAUUUCACAUGUUACUGUUACUGCUGCUUUUCUGUUGUCCCAUUCUAAACCAGUCCCUGAUUAGAGGGGAAUCACCAACCUGGUG